AUGGGUGGUGGUAAAAGGAACAGAGUAUUUGCAUUGACGGCCUUGCUCCUUCUGGGUUUGUCUGUAACCUUCCCAUGUUGUUUCUCGGCAGCCAAUCAGCCCCAGACCAAGAAAAAAUCGGCCCAAGCGAAUAAAUUUGGUUCUUCAGCUGUUUUUCCUCUUCAUGGAAAUGUGUAUCCUCUUGGGUACUACUCUGUGUCCAUCAACGUAGGCUACCCAGCCAAGCACUUCGACCUCGAUAUUGACACUGGCAGUGACCUCACUUGGAUCCAAUGUGAUGCUCCUUGUACCGGUUGUACCAGGCCCCGCGAAUAUCUUUAUAAACCCAAAAACAACCAUUUGCAAUGUGGAGACCCUCUUUGUGUUGCCUUCCACUCACCAGCAAGCGACCCAUGCAAGACCCCAGAUGAUCAAUGCGACUAUGAGGUUGAAUAUGCUGACCAAGGAUCAUCUCUUGGUGUGAUGGUCAACGAUUACUUCCCCCUGAAGUUCACCAACGGCUCUCAACUUGGUCCUCGUUUGGCCUUUGGGUGUGGAUAUGAUCAAAAAUAUCCUGGUCCAAACACACCUCCCACCACAGGAGUCAUGGGCCUUGGCAAUGGCAAAGCCAGCAUUGUGUCACAACUAAGUCGCAUGGGUUUAACGCGUAAUGUGGUGGGUCACUGUCUAAGUGGGCAAGGAGGAGGAUUUCUAUUUUUGGGAGAUGAUCUUGUCCCUUCUGGAGUCAUGUGGACACCAAUGUCACGCAAUUCCAUGGAAAAUCACUACUCCUCUGGACCAGCAGAACUUGUAUUCAAUGGAAAGUCUACCGGUGUUAAGGGGCUUUCUCUGGUUUUUGACAGUGGGAGCUCCUACACUUAUUUCAAUUCCCAAGCUUACAAGGCGGUAGUUAAUCUGGUAAGAAAUGAUUUAGAUGGAAAGCCAAUAAAGGAAACAAGUGAGGACAAAUCCCUUCCAAUCUGCUGGAAAGGCCGCAAGCCUUUCAAAUCUGUUGGUGACGCGAAGAACUUUUUCAAGCCCUUAGCACUGAGCUUCAUUAAUGCCAAGAAUGUUCAGCUGCAAUUAUCACCCGAAGAUUAUCUUAUAGUUUCUAAACAUGGCAAUGUGUGCUUCGGGAUUUUGAAUGGCUCUGAAGUAGGACUGGGGAAUUUGAAUAUCAUCGGAGACAUUAUGUUGCUAGAUAAAAUGCUGAUAUAUGACAAUGAAAACCAGCGAAUUGGAUGGGCACCUGCAAAUUGCAAUAGACUUCCCAAGUCCUGA